AUUAAUAAAACGACAAAACUAAAUGACCAUUAAACGACAGUAAAUCCCAAGAAACGACAUUCUAUUUUUCAAAAACCCCUCGCAAAAACCUGCUUGGUUAGAUUAGACUAAAACGAUCAUCAAUGGCCGCCGCCACCACUACCAGACAAGUUUCGGCAUUCAAGCGGUGGAUGAAGUCCCAAGGGAUAGACUGCAGCGACGCCCUCCAAAUCUGCGACUGCCCUAUUCAAGGCAUAUCCGUUACAGCUCUCCGCGACAUCAGCGAAGGUGACGUGGUGGCCACCAUCCCCAAGCUCGCCUGUCUCACCGUCCAGACCACUGGCGCCCGAGACCUCAUCGAAGCUUCCUAUUUAGAUGGCAACCUCGCCCUCUCGGUGGCCAUCAUGUACGAGAGGAGCCUCGGCCAGCGCUCCCCUUGGGCCCCUUAUCUUAAUGUCCUGCCUUACCAAGAAUGCUUGCCGUUCGUUUGGACUCCACAAGAAGUUAAGACCCUACUCUGCGGUACCGAGCUCCGCAAGACGGUGAAGGAAGAACAGGUUCUUAUGUGUGUGGACUGGGAAGUGGAUAUUUUGCCUCUGUUGGAAUCGGAAUCUUGUCAGCUUGAUCCCAGCUUCUUUGGCUUGCAAGACUAUUUUGCUGCUAAAUCUCUCGUUCAUUCUCGGUCUUUUAUGAUUGAUGAUGACUUUCAUGGUGCUGGAAUGGUCCCUUUAGUUGACCUCUUUAAUCAUAAAACAGCCGCUGAGGAUGUACACUUCACAUCUGUUACUUUUGACUCUGAAUCUGAUAGUGAAGCUGACGAUGGCCAAAUGAAUGGUCAUAGCUAUACCUAUGCUUACAAUGACAAAAAAUAUGAACUGGAGCCAACUCCGAUUUCUCCCACAGAUGACUUCCCCUCUGACUGGGGGGAUGAGCCUGUACCUAUGGAGAUGAUUAUGGUUAAAGAUGUCAAAGCUGGAUCUGAGGUUUAUAACACUUAUGGCCCAUUGGGUAAUGCUGCACUACUUCAAAUGUAUGGAUUUACAGAGCCUGAUAACCCAUAUGACACAGUGAACAUCGACAUGGAAAUAGUACUCGAAUGGAGCUCAUCCUUAAUUUCUAGUACAAGGUUAUCUCUGUGGAGAAAGAUGGGUUUCUCUGGAUGUGACUGCCAAGACGACGAAAAAUUCGAGAUCUCGUUUGAUGGAGAGCCUGAAAUAGAGCUACUAAUUUUGUUAUACAUUAUGGUGUUACCAGAGGAUGCAUAUCACAAGUUGAAUUCUGCAGUGUCGAAAUUUGUGAUUUUUUCGAGAGAUCAGUUGAUGAAAGGAGUGGGCAUGGAACUGUUGAAAGGAACUUCAAAACCUAGCAGAGACAUGUUCGUGAACAAAAGUGUAGGCAAUGCUCUUUUGUCAGUUACAAACAUUAGGGAGAGUCUUUAUGGUUCAAAUUCAUUAGAGGAUGAUAUUGAAGCAUUAGAGAGGUGUUGUUGCGUAAGAGAGAAGAAGUUGUACCAUUCUUUGAUGCUUCGAAUCUGCGAAAGAAGAAUUCUUCAGAAGCUCAGAAGUUAUGCUGCUGAGGCUGCUCAUUUGAAAACUAGUAGGAGAGCUUCCACAAGGAAGAAAUCAAAAAAGGCUUGAAAUGCAUCUGAAAUUUAUGUUGUAAUGGUUUGAUUGUUUUUGGUACUAUUUCCUGUUUUUAGUUUACAGGUAGCCAUUUAUUUUGCAUAAACUUUAAAAAAAGUAGUCCUAGUCCAAUCAACCAUUGUUAUGAUGUAAGUUAAUUGGAACAAUUUCUUGAUAUGUAAAUUCUACAAGUAUCUCACAUUUUUAUGAUAUUAAUACAGGCCAUUCUUG